AUGUCGAAGCUUCUGACCGUCUUUGGCGGCACUGGUACCCAAGGCGGCUCCGUCAUUCGAGCAGUCCUGGCCGACGCAGCCCUGCCCAAGACCUUCAAGAUCCGCGCUGUCACCCGCGAUGUGUCUAAGCCCCCCGCCCAGCUCCUAGCUCAACAGGGUAUUGAAGUAGUCGCCGCCGACAUGAACUCCCAGCCCUCCCUCGCCAACGCACUCAAGGGAACCCACACUCUCUUCCUCGUCACUCUGCCCGACUUCGUUACCGGGGCAGCUCCGGGUACCGAAUUCGAGCAGGGCAAGAACGUCGCCGAAGCCGCCAAGGAUGCGGGAGUGCAGCAUCUUGUCUUCUCAUCCCUUAUCAACGUCACCGAUGCCUCCAACGGUCGGCUGCCGCACGUGGCGCACUUUGACCGCAAGGCCGACAUUGAGAAGCACAUUCGAUCGCUGGGAAUUCCGGCCACCUUUAUCCAACCGGGCUACUACAUGACCAAUUUCACAAACCUGCAGCUUCUGAGGAAGGGUGAUGAUGGGUCGUAUACCCUGGCGGGGCCCACCAGUGCGACCAAGGCCCAGUUGCCGCUCUUCUUCCCCGAGAGCGACAUGGGCAAAUACUUCGUGGCGGUAGUCAAGAACCGCAGCAAGGUCCUGGGCAAACAGGUCCACGCCGCCGCUGACUAUUACACUCCCACCCGCAUCAUGGCCGAGUUCCAGGAGGUGACGGCGAAGAAAGGGCAGUAUGUCCAGCUCGACCAGGAUGUGUAUCUAGGCUUUCUUCCACCGCCAAUUGCGCAGGAGAUCUUGGAGAACGAGCUACUGUGCGAGGAUCCUGGUUUCUUUGCGGGAGGUUCGCUGACCGAGGGCCAUGAGCUGCUUGCUGAGGUUGGUCUGGCGCCGACCACGUGGAAGGAUUUCUUGAGCGGCAAAAAGGACCUCUUUGUCUGA